CUUCCCAGUAAGACAUACCGGUUAACCCACAGUUGAUUCAGUUGUUGUUACAUUUCUCUAGCUAUACUCUAAUUACGGCUUAUUUACUUGAGAUUUUCUAAGAAUCAUGGCGUUGUCAUUUGAGCACCUUCACCGUAAUCUCUUCUAUUUGAUUUGUCUUCUUUCGCUCCUUGCUCUUUCCCUCCUCCAUCCAGUCGCUGCUAAUCCGGUCGCAAAAUCAUACAUUGCGUAUAUGGGAAGAAGCACCAAGGAACAAGGAGAUAUUGAAGAUGCGAAACUAUCUCAUCUGACACUAUUAUCGUCAGUCAUUCCGAGUGGAGAGAGCGAAAGAUUGUUUCUCAAACAUGUAUACCAUCAUUCUUUUAAAGGGUUCUCAGCUAUGCUUACUGAAGAAGAAGCUUCAAUACUAUCUGAGAGCGAUGAGAUUUUGUCCAUAUUCCCUGAUACGGAGCUCGAUCUUCACACUACACGUUCAUGGGAUUUCCUGGAGAGUAGCUCAGGCAUGGCGCGAAUUCAGCGUCUAUAUCCAAAUGGUUCUAACGAUGUCAUUGUUGGAGUCAUAGACUCAGGAAUUUGGCCGGAAUCUCCGAGUUUCGAUGACGAUGGGUUCAGCGAGAUCCCUUCAAGAUGGAAAGGGACUUGCAUGGAAGGCAGUGAUUUCAAAAAGUCUGACUGUAACAGAAAAUUAAUAGGUGCAAGAUACUAUGACCUCACCGAGUCAAGCAGCAAUGAUACAGUAGGUUCGCCAAGGGAUGAAACAGGUCACGGGACUCAUGUGACAUCUAUAGCCGUAGGUAAUCUGGUACCCAACGCUAACGACCAGGGGCUUGCGAGAGGAUUAGCAAAAGGUGGCUUUACAUCAAGCAGAUUUGCAGUCUAUAAAGUUUGUAACAGUGUUAGUUGUUCUGCUUCUGCGUCACUGAAAGCCAUUGAUGAUGCAAUUCAAGAUGGAGUUGAUAUCAUAUCAAUUUCAUUAGGAAUGUCAAUCCAAAACUCGACGUUUUUAGACGAUCCAAUUGCCUUAGGGUCCCUGCAUGCUGUUCAAGCAGGGAUUUUGGUAAUUGCUGCUGCGGGGAAUAGCGGGCCAAAUCCAAAAACUGUCGUCAACACCGCACCCUGGAUUAUGACUAUUGCAGCAUCUUCAAUUGAUCGGACGUUCGGUUCUAAUAUAGUUCUUGGUAAUAACAAAGUCAUUCAAGGCUUUGGCGUAAACUUCAACAGCACCAAAGCCUUUCCUCUUGUCUUCGGAGGAGAUGCCGCUGUUAACUCCAGUUUCUUUAAAGCCGCAAGCAACUGCGCUCCAGAAUCAUUAGACCGUAAAAAGGUUGAGGGGAAGAUAGUCCUAUGUAUGGACGACGAGGAAUAUAGAAACCUAACGAGAAUAAAAAAGGAAAAUACCGCCUGGUUUGCUUUUGCAGAAGGUUUGAUUUUGGUUGAUCAAGCGAUACAACGUUCGUUCCCGUUUAGUGGUAAUGCAGCUUAUACACAAGUUGACAACACCGGUGCAGCACAAAUACUUGAGUACAUUAACUCAACCAAGAAUGCAACUGCAACAAUCCUUCGAUCGGUAGAUAUACUAAAGUUUGAACCUGCACCUGUUGUUGCCGAUAUGUCAUCUCGAGGCCCUGGAAAACUAACAGAAGGCAUUCUCAAGCCAGACUUGGCAGCUCCAGGUGUUGGCAUAUUGGCCGCAUGGCCACCAACUAAUGACGAUGGAGACUUCACCAUGGGAAAACCAACCGGAUUUGCAAUGGCAACUGGUACUUCACAGGCUUGCCCUCAUGUUUCAGGUGCGGCUGCAUACAUGAAAUCAGUACGCCCAAAAUGGACACCGUCCAUGAUCAGAUCAGCUCUCAUGACAACAGCAACAAUAACUAACAAUGCUGGGAAUCGUAUAGCGAACGGAACUGACGCUUUUGCAAGUCCACAUGAGAUGGGUGCAGGCCAAAUGAAUCCAAAUGGUGCUCUUCAUCCAGGAUUGGUAUACGAAACCAAUACAACGGAUUAUCUAAACUUUCUCUGUCACUUUGGUUAUGAAGCCAAAUUAUUGCGCUCCAUGUUCGACGAUAAAUUCUCUUGUCCUACCAACUCUUCAGAAGAUCUCAUCUCCGAUAUCAACUUUCCAUCUAUCUCCAUUGGCAAGCUUCAAGGUGCUCGGACAAUAACACGAACAGUAACAAAUGUUGGCCACCGAAAUUCAACUUACAAUGUGAAAAUAGAUUCGCCUGAUGAUUUGGUAGUUCGUGUUUCACCAGAGAAGCUUGUAUUUUCUCCUGAACAUAGAAAAGCUUCUUUCGAGGUCUCAUUCGACGGGAAAGGUGCAACAACAAAAGGGUACAAAUUUGGGUCAGUGAAUUGGUCAGAUGGGAAGCAUUGGGUUCGAUUGGUAUUCGCUGUGAAUGUCAUAUAGACAAGGAUUACUACUCCUGCAGAAUGUCUGACACUAUAAAGAACAUUUUGAACGAGUGUGAGAGUGAGUUCUCAUGAUAGGGGCACAUGAGAGAGCUGCUGUUGCUGUUAUUUCUUCUGGCCUCCGUUUGGAUUUCUUAGAGCAUUGUAAAUUUUUUCGGUUUGUUUUGCAAAAGGAGAUCGGACAACUUUGUCUGAUAAACUACUUGAAUCUUUCUUGCUCAUGCUUUAGCUCUGUGUCUCAUAUGAACCACCGUUUCCUCUGGAA